AUGAAAAAAAGUUUUACAUCUCAUAGUCCUAGUUCAGAUCAUUAUUAUAUUGGUCCUAGAGAAAUGAAAUUACCUAAAUUUGAAUUUGAAUAUCCACCUUCUAGUUAUGGAUUAGUAGUUUCAAGCACAAAAAAUUCGAAUAAAACUGAAUUAAUAUCUGAUUCAUCAAGUGAAUCUCUUCUUCCACCUUUAAUUUAUUUUAAAAUUAAAGAGAAAAAAUUACAACAGGAAUAGGAUGAAAAAUGUGUGUUAGUAGGCAAUACAUUGCAUUAAAUGCCAAAAAAGAUUAUAAAACCGAAAAUUUCGUAUCAACCAGACAUUUUUCCUUUGAAGGCUUUGAAAAAGAAAAUUGUUAAAUAAAAAUUUAAUGGUAUUUAUUUUGAAGAUGAAAGAUACUCUUCUGAUCCAGAAUUUCAACUUAACUAUGCUAAUUUAAGAACAUAUUAUAAUUCAAUAAAUAUAUCUAAUAACUUAUAUGUUUAACCUAUGAUCAACUCAUAUAAAGCUUAUAUUGGAAAAGGUAAUAAUGGACAAUUAGUAUAAUGGAUUUUAAAAAGAAGAUGGUGGUGGUCGAUUGUUGAUAAAGAAAAAGAAUAAGUAAACUUUUUAUGGUAAUAAUUGAGGAAUAACUCUUAUAUUGAAUCGAUUCCUGAAUCAAAUUAAGAAAUACUUUAAUAAUAAUUUAAUAAUUAGGAAUAAAACCUAAUAAUUUAAGAUAUAUAAUAUUCUCACUUACUGCCUAAUUAAUUAAGUUUUUAAUUAUAAAAAAUGAGAAAAAAAGUAGGAAAGAAUUCUAAAAUCAUUUCCUAUGAUCAAGCUUUAAAAUUUUCUUAGACUUUGAGAUUAUUUGAAGUUAAUGGGAAUAGUAAAUUGCAUAAUCAUAUAUAAAAUAAUACACAUUUAGGUAGUAAGAAGAAUCUUUUUUAUAAUAUGAAAAGGUAUUAUGAAUAAUAAGGAUUGAAUGUUUUUGAUUUCUUACCUUAAACAUAUCAUAUAAAAAAUAAAGAGGAUCUUUAAAAUUUUGUACAAUAAAACCAUAAUUAAUCUAUUUGGAUUGUUAAACCAGCUGAACUUACUAAUAGAGGUCAUGGAAUUCAUAUAUUUUAAACAAUUAAUGAAGUAUAAUAAUAUUUGAGAAGUAUCCAUCAUCAUAAAAAUGGAGCAUAGAAAACAUUUAUUGUUUAAAAAUAUAUUGAAAAUCCAUUAUUAUAUAAUUAAAGAAAAUUUGAUAUUAGAUGUUAUAUCUUAUUUACUUCUGUCAAUGGAUAACAUAAAGGUUAUUGGUAUAAAGAUGGGUAUAUUCGAACCUCUAGUUAAGAAUUCAGUUUGAUGAAUUUAUCAAAUAAGUUGAUUCAUUUAACUAAUGAUGCCGUCUAAAAGUAUUCAGAAGAUUAUGGUAGAUUUGAAAAAGGAAAUAAAGUUUCAUUUGAAGAAUUUAAUAAUUUCUUACCUAUUGAUUUUUAUCAAACAAUUUAUAUACAAAUGAGGAAUAUAGCAUUAGAUCAAUUUAAAGCAACAUAUGGAAAAUUAGAUCCUAACAGAAAAGAAAAUAGUUUCGAAUUGUUUGGAUUAGAUUUUAUGAUUGAUGAUAAAUUUAAAGUUUGGUUGAUUGAAACUAACACAAAUCCUUGUUUGGAAUGUUCAGGUCCUCUUUUAACUAAAUUAAUUCCUUAAUUAAUUGAAGAUCUCUUUAAACUAGUAUUAGACCCUCUUUAUCCUCCUCCUUAAUUUUAUAAUUCAAAAAAAUUCAUAUAUGAUUCAUUCGAAAACAAAUUUGAAUUAAUUUUUGAUUCGUCAAUGUUAGAUGUACCACUUAAAUUUACAUAAAAUUUAAUAGAUGAACAAUGA